AUGAGCGUUUCAGAUCCACUUGAUCCUUCGGCUGUUCUUCAACUUACUUCGCAAGUAAUCACCCGACUUGAAUCACCUUAUGAUGCAUUAGCAGCUGCUAUGCAUGCGAUUAUGCUUAGUGUUGGUUUUAGAUUUGCAGGACUAGGUGACGAUGCCAGACAAGAGGGCGACGGCACGCAAAGAAACCUGCCAGUAGAAUGGAAUCAGCAUGGACCACACUAUUACCAUUUUAGAUAUAGCCAUCCACAGUCUAGUUUAACGUUUGUGAUCAAGGUGGUGCGAAUGGGCGAUAAAUGUGCUAUCCUUGGCAUAGGCAUUGGUGAUAACAAGACAGUUGUCUUGGAUAUUACCACUGAAGAUUACACAUCAGCCUCAUUCUUCCCCAACGAUCUUUCAAAUGAUCCACUCGUACAUGGAUUUAUCUCGAGCAAUCGCUUUCAUGACUUUAUCAAGACUGUCAAAUUAAACAUCAUACAACGUCUGAUACCUGGGCUGAAUAAACCGGGAUAUGAUGACAGUACAACAACAACAGCAACCGCAACCACAACGUCUUCCUCGGGAACAACUCCACCAGGAAACCAACCUCGUCAACCUCCAUUCAUGGUGCCUCAACCAAUGCCUACAGAUCCAUACAGCGUAGGAGGAGACGAUCUAAAUCCAUUUGGAGAUAGACUACGCUUACCUGGAUCCCGAGGAACUGGAGGAGGUAUGUAUGUAGGACCUAACCAUCCGAUCUUCGGAGGCAGAUUUGAUGAUCCACCUAUUGGCGGCGGACCAGAAAAUUUACCAAGAGGUGCUGUGCCACCUGGUGCUCGAUUUGACCCGAUAACACCACCUGGGCCAAGAUUCAAUCCAAGGAACUUUAGGGCGCCAGGUAGUGGUGAACCAGAUAAUGAUGAACUUCUUCCACCUGUAAGUGAUUGA